GAGCUCAUGUACCAGCACGUCUGCGACGUCUGCGACCAGGUCAGCACCGAGAAGAUUGCGGACGUCUUGAACCUAAUGAGGCUGGCCACGGAGUUCGAGAAGAUCCGCACGAUCAGCCCACGUGAGCUGGACAGGGGCCGAGCUACAGACAUGGUUUCUCGGGCCUUCGACAAGGUCAUCCGGCACUUGAAAGAUCAGAGCAAGUCCGUCGAGCGGCAAUUUGUGGAGGAGGCCAUCAGCUUCGCUGAGGCCAACCCUCGAGUGGAUCUCGGCCGAGAGACGUCGACCAAGGUGGAGGUCCAGUCCAUCAGCAAGAUGGGUGAAGUGCUGAAGAGCGACUUCUGGGAGCUCUUGAAGUUGGUGAACAGCGGCAAG